UCCGCGCACAGCUCCCACAGCAGGUACAACACUCACACUUCACACACUCCGCUCAGUCCACAUCUCUCACAGCUCUCACAGCAACACUUGCUGAAGCACAAGCUGAUUAUUGCUGGAAUUGUGGGAUGUUGUCGCUUUCGACCAGUAGCCCACUUCCACGAAUGGACUCAACAAGAUCCAGAACAUCAAAACUUUAGACUUCCGCCGUGUCUGAACAUAAUGGGAUUGCUCUCUUUAAUCAGCUUGAAAGCAGCUGGAACUAUGGCAGCGAGCAGUGAUAUGGAGUCAUAAACCUCGCUGCCAAAAAGGAAACAAGAUGCAUUAACACCAACAGGUCCCUUGUAAGAAUUCAAUGACCGAUCAUGCGACUCACGCUAACUUUAGGAGCUAAUCUGAGCAGAAUUUCUCAUGCUAGUUUAUCUGAUCUUCAUUUCUAAUUCGAAUAAAUACAUCACUAAGUUAAAAUAAAACUCGUUGACUAUUUAAAGCUAUAUCGAAUGCUAGCAUAUUUUGUAUUAAACCGGAACGCUAAUUCUCCUCGUCUUAAACUUUCAAUAGCUUUGUUUCUGGAAUUUUCCUUCACUAAUCUUAUUAGAGCAGUUUAUUUUAGCUCAAUUCCAAAUGCUAAUACACACCAUAAAAUUAUGUGCAAGUAGCAAAGAUAGACAAAAAAUGAAUAAUGUCCACUUCCUUCUUUUCUGUUAAUUCAAAAGGAACAUUUUUGGCCUCAUAUUUGACCCAAAGAUCACCAAGUACUUGAUAGAUGUUCAUGCUAAUCUCAUAAUUAGCAAGAUCCAGCAGGAAAAUUUCAGAUAAAUAAUCUUUAUUAAGAAACCUUUUUUUAUUUAUUUAUUUAUUUUUUUUUUUCGGUGGACAAUUUUCAACAGCAGCCAUGCAUACUCCAAAAAUAACAAGAAGUUUAUUGACUUGACCCAUGCUAACCCAUGCACUUAAUUAGAGCCAAAUUUCUAAUGCGAGUCCAUCUUAGCAUAAUUUUGAAUGCUAAUCAGCUAAUCCUUAUACUUUCUAGCGCAAAAUGUCAAGAGAUUAUUUACCUUACUCACAUGUCCUGGCCAAAAAAAUUAUUAAUUAAUUGAGGAAGGCAAUGAUCAAACCUGAAACUACCACCACCAUGUGGUUUGAAGGUCAUAAAGAAAUCCACUGACACCUUAAAGAAUAUUUAGAACAAAAUUUCUAAUGUUAGCUUAGUUUAGAUUCUAAUACGAAUCUAUUGGAAAAAAAAACAACCAAAAAGACGUGUCGAUGUUUUUCCUAAAAACUGAAAAGUUUAUCAACCACAAUCAGAGAUGCUUAACCGAAACGUCACCAAGAAUUCCAGAGACUUGAUUCACCUCAACAUUGCUGACUAAUUUGUAAUGCUAAUUCACUAAUCCCUUGCCUGCCAGCAUGCCUCAUCUCAACGUCACUGCCCUUUUAUCAAACCUGACCAACAGACCAGAAUCAGGAAACUUGUAUCGCCCGUUCUCUGUGUUCAGCGUCCUCACACUCACACUUUUAGCUAUGCUCGUGGUGGCUACUUUCGUUUGGAACCUUCUCGUUUUGGUGACCAUUUUGAGAGUCCGAACUUUCCACCGUGUCCCUCACAACCUGGUGGCCUCGAUGGCCAUCUCAGAUGUGAUGGUAGCCGGGCUUGUGAUGCCACUCAGCCUCGUUCGAGAACUUUACGGCCGCCGAUGGAUCCUCGGAAAAGCGCUUUGCCAAGUAUGGAUUUCUUGUGACGUUUUGUGCUGCACGGCCAGCAUCUGGAACGUGACCGCCAUCGCGCUCGAUCGCUAUUGGUCCAUCACACGCCACCUCGAGUAUACGCUCAAGACACGGAAAAGGAUCUCCAACGUGAUGAUUGGACUCACAUGGCUGCUCUCGUCCGUCAUAUCCCUGUCGCCGCUCUUCGGUUGGGGAGAGACGUAUUCCGAGGAGGAUCUGGCAUGUCAAGUGAGCCAGGAACCGUCAUAUACAGUGUUCUCCACCUUUGGCGCUUUUUAUUUGCCCCUCUGCGUUGUGCUGUUUGUGUACUGGAAGAUCUACAAGGCUGCCAAGUUUCGCAUCGGCUCACGCAAAACCAACACCAUCAUGCCAAUGACGGAGAUUAUUGAGGUGAAGGAAGCCGUGGAACAGCCUCAGAUGGCGUUCGGUGUCCGUCACGCAGCCGUGUCGUUCCAGCCUGAGGGCGAGACGUGGCGUGAGCAGAAGGAACGUCGCGCUGCGCUGAUGGUGGGAAUCCUGAUCGGUGUCUUCGUGCUUUGCUGGAUCCCGUUCUUCCUGGCCGAGCUCAUCAUCCCGCUGUGCUCCUGCGACAUCCCGCCCGUCUGGAAGAGUGUCUUCCUCUGGCUCGGAUACUCCAACUCGUUCUUCAACCCACUCAUCUACACAGCUUUCAACAAGAACUACAACAGCGCCUUCAGGAACCUCUUCAGCAGGCAGCGCUGACAAAUAACCUGCGCUAGUCAGCAUCAUGCUAACUGACAACAUUGCUUGGAUAAAUAAUACCAUUGUGUAAAGUUCAUCUAUAUGUCCAAGAACUAUAACAGCACCUUCAGGAAGCUCUACAGCAGUAAUGAAAGCAAAUGACCACCAAUUAGCCUUGUGCUAACUUGCUAAGGAAUACUAUUUGUUUGUUAAGAACUACAACUACAACAUCCCCUUCAGGAACCUCCUUAACAGGGAAUGCUGACAAAUAUAUCCAUAAAUUAGCAUCAUGCUAACUGAACAAAGGCAUCACACAUGGCACUGUUUGCUAAAUAACACCAUGUGUACAUCUUCAUUUACACGUCCACACCGUUGCCCUAAGAAACCUCUUCAGCUGGACUUGAAUUACAGCUAAUUGGCAUCAUGCUAACUGUAUGAAUAAUAAAAUCAUUAUACAUGGCAACUGUUGGGUAAAUAAUGCUAAGUAAUCUUCCUAAAGCUGUUUAUCUAUAGAGCCAAGAACUAAACAGCACCUUCAGGGACCUCAUUAGUAGGCGGACAAGUAAAAGAAGCUAAGAACUAGCAAUUAGCUAAUGCUAAUUGCUACAACAUAAUACUUUUUGUACAUUAACAAGAAAAACUGCACCUUUAGGAAUCUCUGACAACGAAUGGAUUAUGUGUUGAAAGCAUCAGACACACCAUUGUUUCGCUAAAUUAUUACAUAUGUGCAUCAUGCUAAGUGAUAGCUGAACGAUAUGUUACAGUCCGUAUGUGUAAAUAUAAAUUUAAUGUACAUCAAAUAUUUUACAAUAUUAUUGAUCUACACAAACUUCAGGAACCUUUUUGGGAACUAAAGGCUAGCUAAAACUAAAGACUGUCUAAAAACCUCCAGUGAGCAUCAUGCUAAUUUACAUAACAACAUUCUUGUAUUGCUAGGUAAUACCAUCUGUAAAUUUGAUAAAGUCGCUGUUUGUUUGAUAAGUUUGAUAAAGUAGCUCAUCUACACAGCAACACAUGAAAAAAAAUUGCGAAUUGGGGAACACAAAGGUGAGUAACAAAAAUGUAUGAACAGCAGGUAGCAUGAUGCUAACUGAAAACAUUGUCAUUUUGUAGAAGAUACAUUUUUGUAGACUUCAAGAAAUGUUACAAGAGCGUCUUCAGGAACCCAGAUAGCACACAAACAGCAUUGGGUGGACAAGCUAAUGUGCAAUUUGUUUGCUAAUCAUUCAUGUUUUUUUAAAAUCAUGUGACCCUUUAAUCAUGUGACCCCUUACAAGUAUUUACUUAUAGUGUGUUUAAAUCUCCUACUACUACUACAAAAAAAAAAAAUCAGUUUUUACUGACGUCAUGCACGUGAGAAACAUGGACACCUAGCAUAAACUAGCUAACUACUAAGGCUUAAGAUUUAGCUUGCUAGCACAUCAUGACCAUAUUAAGGGGCACAAAUGACACAUAACCAUCAGAAAUAUCAACAUUUCCCUCAGAUAUGUUCAUAAAUUACUAUGAUAAGACUGUAAAACUCACAUUCCGAUUUAAUUUGUACUUAGCAUCAACAGGAAACCGGACCUCGAUGAUUUUUGUCACACAGAGAUAUUAACACAAAAUUAACAGUGAUCACUGAUCAUGGCAUCAGUGAUCAUGGCUUUUUAGCGACAUCUUGCUGAUUAGCAAACACACUCCAUGCUACGUUAUUAAGAUGUUGUGGAGACCGUGGCAUUCCUUCCUGCUAGUUUGUUUUGUUUUGUUGGCUGAAAUCACACACAUGGUUACAUACGUUACUUACAGAAAUGUAGCUGUUAGCUAAAAAUCUUGCAUUAGCUUGCUAUUAAAUAAGCUAGCUAGUGUUACUGUGAGGAGUAUGCUAGUUAGCUAGUCUGGAAACAGCUACAUAAAGUAAAGUGUUAUAUAAAGCUAGCAGGCUAGCGCUACACCUAGGAGUUGCUAUAGGAGUGGCUAAACAUAAAUUGUUAACUAGCUGGGUAUUCUUUCUUUCUUCUUCUUUCUUUGUUUUUAGCAUCAUGUGUUUCUUUCUUUGUUCUUUCUUUUGGUAUGAUUUUUCUUAUAUUUCUUUCUUCAUUUUUUAAAUUGUUUAAUUCUAUCUAUCUAUCUUUCUUUUUAGCUUCAUGUAUUUCUUUUUCUUUCCUUUGUCAUGAUUAUUCUUAUAUUUCUUUCUUUCUUUCUUUUGUAUUUUUUUUCUUUCUUGUUUUCUUUCUUUCUUUGUGAUUUUUAUGAUAGUUCCUUUUUUCUAUUGAUUUUUUUUUCAUUUUUCCUAUUUUCUUUCUUUCUUUUCCAUACAUUUCUUUCUUUCUUUCUUUGUAUUGUUUUGUUUCUUUCUUGUUUUCUUUCUUUCUAUGUGAUUUUUCUGAUAUUUCCCUUUUUCAUAUUGAUUUUUUCAUUUUUCCUAUUUUCGUUUUUCUUUUUUGUUUAAUACAUUUCUUUCUUUCUUUCUUUCUUUCUUUUGU